UACAUUUCCCGGCAUGCCCUGCGGUGACUCCCCGCUUCCUGUAGACGUGUCCCUCCGGAAGAGGAGUGGGUGACACCAGAGCGACAUGGCGCCCCCGGCUCCGGGUUCGGCUUCCGGCGGCUCUGGAGAAGUGGACGAGCUGUUCGACGUGAAGAACGCCUUCUACAUUGGAAGCUACCAGCAGUGCAUCAACGAGGCGCAGCGGGUGAAGCCGUCGAGUCCGGAGAGAGAUGUGGAAAGGGAUGUCUUCCUGUACAGAGCGUACCUUGCACAGAGGAAGUAUGGCGUGGUCCUGGAUGAGAUCAAGCCUUCCUCAGCCCCUGAGCUCCAGGCUGUGCGCAUGUUUGCGGAGUACCUGGCCAGCGACAGCCAGAGAGACACAAUCGUCGCUGAGCUGGACCGAGAGAUGAGCAGGAGUGUGGAUGUGACCAACACCACCUUCCUGCUGAUGGCUGCCUCCAUCUACUUCCAUGACCAGAACCCGGACGCUGCCCUGCGUGCCCUGCACCAGGGGGACAGCCUGGAGUGCAUGGCCAUGACGGUGCAGAUCCUGCUGAAGCUGGACCGCGUGGACCUCGCCCGGAAGGAGCUAAAGAAGAUGCAGGACCAAGAUGAAGAUGCCACCCUCACCCAGCUGGCCACUGCCUGGGUCAACCUAGCCGUGGGUGGUGAGAAGCUGCAGGAUGCCUACUACAUCUUCCAGGAGAUGGCCGACAAGUGCUUGUCCACUCUGCUGCUGCUCAAUGGGCAGGCGGCCUGCCACAUGGCCCAGGGCCGCUGGGAGGCUGCUGAGGGUGUCCUGCAGGAGGCACUGGACAAGGAUAGCGGCCACCCGGAGACGCUGGUUAACCUCAUAGUCCUGUCUCAGCACCUAGGCAAGCCCCCUGAGGUAGGUGCCCUCCCCCAGUCGGGUGCAGGAGGGUUGUCUGGCCCUCACGAAGCCAGCCUGGGGCAGGUGGGGGUUUUGGUGUGGCCUCAGCUCCAGAGGAAGUUCGGGGCCUCAAGGUCUGGACUUCAGGGUUGGCCUGGGGUUUGGGCAAAAAACUACUCCCCAUGGGCAGGUACAGUUGCCAUUGGGGACUGGGAGGUUGGAGUUGCAGCUGCUCUCCCAGGGUCCCCACCCUGGCCAGGGCCACAAGUCAUCUGGUCCCAUGGGUCCUAUGAACAAGUGGGCUGAGGCUCAGAGAGGGCACCAGGGCUGGGACCCUGACCUGUGCUACCUCAGG